AAAAGAAGAGGGAAUGAGGAAGAAGGAGGGGGCAGCUGAUGGGUGUUAACAUAUUAUAUAUCUGUUUCUCACUCCAGUCCAGCAGGUGUCCCAAAUUUCUCAGUGACUCUAAGAAGAAGAACACUAGGUAAAUAAACACGUCAAGUCCGAAAGUCCGGAUCCAGAGUGUCUGUCUUCACUGAGGUGAGAGGCUAAUCCAUAUUAUAAUGAUGCUUACUUCUUACUUCUUAAUUUUUUUUUCAGAAAUUAAGAAUGAGGAGAAAUUCACUGAAGUGAUAUUUACCGUAGACCUUUUUAUCAUCUCAAAGUUUGUUGUGUUUGUGCAAGUACUCUUAAACACUACACACCUUUAGUUUGAGUGAAUGAAUAGUAUAAAAUUCACUACAGUGUCUACAAAAAUCAUCAACAUUUACAGUGACCAUGAAACAUUCAGCCUUACGCUGUCAGGAAACCUGAAAUUAAGAGUUUGAAAGAAGGAGAGCGAUCGCAGGCCCUUGAUGUUAACGUGAUUUCCUGUGCUAUACUGCCAUGUAGUGGUUGCUGUCAGGUCCAGCAUGACUGAGGUAAGCCACCAGCUGUGGGGAGAGGUUUCCGGUCUGCACAGUGUGGACAUGUGGGUCCUUCAGUCCCCCCAGGUGCGGGUGGAGAUUCUCACCUUGGGGGCCAUCAUCAGGUCUGUGUACUGCAAGGGGAAGGAUGGUCAGAUAAAAGAUGUAGUCCUGGGCUAUGAUGACCUGGAAGGUAAGGGUUCAGCUGUAUGACACACUGCUCAAAAAUAGAGGGAAGACUUAAAUCUCACAUCCUAGAUGUCAAUGAAUGAAAUAUUCCAGUUGAAAAUCUUCAUUGAUGACAUAGUGUUGUUUGUUCAGAACAUAAUAAUGUCAGCACAAUCAAUGGAAACCAAAAUCAUGAACUCACUGAGGACCAGUCUUAUGUCAACCUCAUGGAGUCUGCUCCUGAUUGUUUGGUCAGAAACAUGCACAUGAGUGGUCUCCUGGUCCUUCUUGAACAAAGGAGCAGAUAGCAGGUAUGCUGCUGGGUUGUUGCCCCCCUUACAGCCCCCUCCACCUGUCCUGGUGUACCUGCCUGUCUCCUGGUACGUCCUCCAUGCUCUGACACUGUGCUGGGAGACACAGCAAACCUUCUGGGCACAGGGUGUAUGGAUUUGCUGUCCCAAACAAGCUGCACUCCCUUAGAAACUUCCGUGAUCUACAGAUACCUCCUCAUGCUUCCACUAGUGGUGAGGGCGCUGGAAAAGCUAGCUAAGAUCUAUUCAGAAAGGAUGGGGUGAAGGAAAUGGUCUGCAGCCUCUAGUUGUUCCCUUCCUCAACAGUGGUUGUCUUGCUCUUUUUCUCUCCUACCCAUCUGUUGUCUGUCCCAUUUGCACAGCAGCAGGUGAAACUGAUUUACAAUCAUUAUUGCUUCCUAACUGGACAGGUCAACAUGCUGAGAGUGUGACAGACUCUAAGUUACAUUGUGAUGAUACUGUGUUCCCUUUAUUUUCUUGAGCAGUGCCGUCACAACAAGAGACUUGUUUGUUAAACUCCUGGGGUUGGCAGAUGACAUAAGUGUCAUAAGUUAGGUAUAUCUGGGACGUUAUAGUUUUGUGCACAUAUCAACAGUUACACAACUGCCCCUUUGAAACAGACAAAAAAUACUGUAAGCUUACUGUGCAUGUUUCUGUUUCUGAUCAUGUACCUUGAGAAAAUACAGGAAAAUUCUCUGUAUGAGCAUGUUGCUUAGUCUUUUUAAAUGUCCAGUUGGGCUACCCUACACUUUGUAAAUUUGAACAUAAAUUCUCUGGUUAAAGAGCAGGAAUUUACAACUUCAGUAAUAUCUGAGUCAGUUUUCAAAUUAAGCUUUUUUUAAGCUUGAGAUGGCAUACCAUGGGAGAGUGGCUACUAGUUUGGACAAUUUGAGAUUUGUUGAACUUUUGAAGGAAAAGUAAAUCAUAGUCCACAUUUUUGAUUGUAUGAAUUUGUGGGGGGUACACUAACAAAAGAUGAGUUCUGGUGGUCACAGCGGAUUAAAAAACAACCUUGCACUGUGUUGUGUUGACAGGUUAUCUGUCAGAUAAGCGGUACCAGGGAGCAGUGGUGGGUCGUGUGGCCAACAGGAUUGCGAAGGGUCGCUUUGUUGUGGAGGGAAAAGUGUACAAACUUGAUAUCAAUAAUGGACCGAAUGCACUGCAUGGAGGCCUGCAAGGCUUCAAUAAGGUAAGACUGAGUGAAGCUGGGAAGGGACUAUAGACAUUGCUUUGGAGCCUCAAUAGUGAAAAUCUGUUCAUCUUCCCUGACAUACACAGAAUCUACAGUCCGCCUGAAGGUAAAUGAUGUCUUUGAAGUUGGACUGAGGCAUGGCAGUCUGUUUGUACUUGUAAUUUUCUCACUGCAGUGUAAGCUUUAUAAGUUUUCAGUAGUGAUAACACACAACUUAACACACAGAGAGAAACUGAACACCUGACUACAGGUGUUACCAUGUCAUGCCAGGCUUGCAAGCAUAAGGACUGAAAAGAUAUGUGCUCUCUAUAUAACCUAUAAAUAACACAACCAACUGUUUGAUGUUGGCUUCAUGUGUGUCAAGACUGGUGUCAACCAUAAAACCUAAAAGAUACUCACUCUUACACCGCUGCUACUCAACAUUCAGUCCCUACAGUGGAUUAGUUUAUAAUUGACUAUCUGUCUAACAAUCAGCUCAGGAUCAAAAUAUUUAACACACACUCUCAAAAUAGGCUGACACAGUUACACUAAUCAGAGCUUCUAAUUUACAGUCUAGCAAUGGUUAUUUGGUAGUGGCAGCAAAAGGGGAAAGCAGGCUGCAGCAUGUGGAGAUUUAGACCAGUGAUGACUAUCAUUAUCCAAUCAGAACACUGCACUUCUCCUCCAAUUGACCAGUCAGAGGUUACACCUGCAUCAGCACCUAUCAUGACAGAUACAACCACAAACAUUUUCAUAGAGAACCCUCCACACCCUGCAGGAGAAGAAACAAAGCUGCACAGCAACAGGAACAGAGAACAGAAUCUAUGACCCAGGGUUAUAACAGGCUUAAAAGCAAACUCAGAGAUGAUUAACAUUAAGUUUCUGCUAAAUCAGUGUGAGUACACAAACAUUAAGUUUGAGUCAAGAUUUUAGUUUGAGUUAAUAUGGUAAAAGUAAAUGAUGUCCUAGAAAUAGUCAUCUAUAAUUGCCACUGUUCACACAUGCCUUGCUGACUUUCAUGUCUGUAUGGGGUGUUUUGACCAAACAGCUGUGAGUUGAUUUGUUUUAACAUACAUAUAUAACAUACAGUCAGAGGCUUAGAGCCUUCACUUAGUUGGUUCAUCCUUUCCCUCACAUGCAGACACACUUUUUAACUGCACAAACAAGUAGAGGCUCCAAACCUGUGCUGUGAGGGCUUAUGUGUGUCUGCCACACAUCUGUCUGUGCGUGUUUGCUUAAGUGUCAGUUGACCAGUGGCUUCUGUCUAUUGAUCUAAUCAAGAUCAAGCUGUUCUAAGACAAGAACAAAUAAAUUUUUACUGUAGUACUGCUCAAGGGUAUUCUGGGUUUUCAUGGGACAAGAUAAGAUGUUAUUUUGUGGUUGCAUAUGACUUGCUCAAACAGACCCAAGAUGUUUUACCUGGAACUCUGACAGUAUGUCCACAGGACACCAAGGGAAAACGAAUCUGGAUCAUGUUUACACUGAAGGUUAAUAAACAAGCAAAGCUUUGCCUUGUCCCAGUCUCAAACUUGCAGAUUCAGUUAUUGGCUACAGCUCCUUCAGUCCAACAGAAUAUGCAUGUAAAGCUAAUUGAUCUCAGGGAGAUUAAAGUAGCAUUAGUAUAUGUAAAUACUUUUUAAAUUGUAUGUACUGUAUGUCUUUGUCUCUGCAGGCUGUCUGGCUCGGUACAGCCAUCAAUGGUGGUGUACAGCUAAGUCACACAAGUCCAGAUGGAGAUCAGGGUUACCCCGGAGAGGUUCAGGUCUCAGUGUCCUAUACCUUAAUGGUAAACACACCAGCUUCAUCACCUCAUGGUCCUAUAGCUGGUCAUUGUUAAAGGAUCAAAAGCAUUAGACUAUUUUAGGCAACUAUAAGGUGCAUAUAAUUCAUUCUAAUCUAAGUGUUGGAUAUUUAAAGGAUAGUGAACAGGUGGAUAAAGUGUAUAUGAUUUAUCUUAAUUGAAGUAUUGGAUAGGCACCUGUACACGAUCCCAACAGGAUGAGAAAAGGGUCUUGUCCUCCCCCGAAGUGAUUCAGAUUUGAACCUGGCAAAUCCACAAAAUACCACCACUUAAAGUUACGUAGAGACCAGCAGCUAAGAGGUGCUCUUAGCAGCUCUGUUGCUGCUGCCUGGGUUGCAGGACAGGAUGUUGCUCUACUUUUCCCUGUCACAUGGUUGGGGUCCAGUAACCCUUGGAGCUGCUCUCUUAGCUGUGUCUGUGGGCCGACAGACAGUUUUUUCAGGGCUGAUACUGUUAAGAGGAUUACAAGUUACACUUUUUUAAAGACUGAUGCUGUUAUCAAUAAUGAAAGAGCAGGUCAUCCAAUGGCACACAUUAUAUGCCAAUAUCACCCCAUGGAUUUUAUUUCCCUUUUUUAUUUAAUGAAAUACAACAAUUUAACAACAAACAAAUGAAAAGCAAAAUUCUGAACUGAGGUGAACUUUUUAUAUUAUUCCAAAAUUAACAUUAUUUCAAAUAAAUGAUGAAAUAAUUUUCUGCUCAGUAAAAUAUCCCCACAAGAGACUUUUGGAUGUCUGUCCGGCCAUCAGACAUUGUCAAGGAAGAAAAAUAUCAGAUGGUAAACAAUGAGGGUGGUGUCAGCCUUGUGAGGGCAGAUGCCAAUAUGAUACUGAUCAUGUCAAAAUCAACCAGCCACCUCUAAUACUGGUAUCGAUCAUUCUGGUUACUGAGACUAGUAACCAAAAUUUGGAGCCAGUAUGCAAUAAUAUAAAAAAUGACAAUCCAACUGUCAAAAUUUAAUGUUUGGAUUAUUAUAAACUCCAACACUAAACUGUCUUUAAAUGCCUUUUGCAAUUUGAUCAAAGCUUUAACAUUUAACCAGUUACAGUUAUGGUACAUGGUGGAGUGACUGUGUCCUGCCCAUCAAAGUAUGUUGUAGGUGGGACAUAAGGUAACAUAGAGAGCAGUCAAAACAGAUCCAGUGGGAAAGAGACAAUGGGUGGGGAGAGAAAGUAUAGCGCAUGUUUACAUUGAUGACUAAAUAAAAACACAGAUACAGAUGCUAAGAAGGCCAAAAAUAUGGCAUCAGGGUCGGCCAAGGACAAUAAUAUGUCAAUAAUUGGCAGAGUCAGAGCUGAGCUGAACUCUUUUACCAUUUUUUGAUUAUACAUUUAUAAUUUAAUAGGAGAGUAUCAGGCUGUUAUUGAUGUUGUCUUUGCUGGUGACAGUUAGAUCCUGCUGUUAUUGGGUUUUCACAGCUAAGUAAUUAUUUUUGUGUUUAGGGAGAAACACUGACUGCUGAAUACCAAGCCCGAUCUACCAAAACCACUCCCAUCAACCUCACCAACCAUGCCUACUUCAACCUGGCCGGGCAGGUAAGGCUGUUUGAUUAGCUGUAUGGACCUUCACUGUCCACAGAGCUGUCGUUACUGCAGAAAAUAUGGUGAGGUAGCAGGACAGAGCAGGUUAGAGGGACUCAUCUCUCAGUCACCACUAAUUGUGUUGACUUUGAAGUACAAUAGAGGGUUUCAAGAACUUUGUCAAAUGUUUAGAAACUAUAAGCUUAAAUAUUACGAGAUGUUGAGUGUCUGCACCCUCUAGCUGUAUUGCUGGUCUCUUUAUGGUGAGGUGUGUAGUUUCUGAAGUAUGUGUGUCCUUAUGCCCCCCCCCAAUAGUGCUUAAAUAAGAGAAGAUAUGAUGACAGCAUAUACUGUAUGUUAACAGGAGUAAAGCACAGCAAACAUAGAAAAAUAAGUACACUCAUCAUGCACACAAAGCACAGAUCAUUACAAAAAGUUAACUUAGACCUAUGCAGAGAGGAGGGUUGGACAUGUUAGUAUUGCGUAUUAUUGAAUUAUUAUACCUAUUAUGACCUCAUGCCUUUGUUCUAAUCUCAUGGAAGUUUCACUUUACAAUUUGAAGAUGAUUCAUAUGCCUGAAAAACAUCAAGUGUUGUUUUAAAAACAUGAGCCUGCGAAAGAGGGAAGUUAACACUUCACUAGAAGUGUGUGUGUGUGUGUGUGUGUGUGUGUGUGUGUGUGUGUGUGUGUGUGUGUGUGUGUGUGUGUGUGUGUGUGUGUGUGUGUGUGUGUGUGUGGAUGUGUGGGUGCAUGCAGGGUACAGCUGAUAUCUAUGACCAUCAAGUGUCCAUAAAUGCUCAGUCCUACCUGCCUGUUGAUGACACAUCGAUUCCCACAGGUAAAUAACCUGCAUAUUUCAUUUCUUCUGACAUCAAAAUGAGCCGACUAGAGACGGACUUUUGUAAAUACAUUGAAGAACAUUUGAAGGAUGUUAAAAUGACUUGGUAAAGUUAAAGUUCUCAGGAUAGAGAGUCAAAAAAAAAAAAGAUGUUGUGAAACCACUGGAACUUGUGUAUCAGUUGUGAGGCCAAAACUACAUACAGGAAUGAUCACAUCCAUUAAUAUUGGUACAACAGGCAGCUGCAAAAGCUGAAUGAUCCUUAAGAAAAACAAUAACAAUAAAAGAUGUUAACAUGACUUACUCAAACCCAACCAGGAAAUCUCUCAAGUAUCUCUAUCAUGAGGGACCAGGCUCACACAGCACAGCAUUAUAAAUUUAGAGGGCAUGUACAGCUAUUUUGGUGUAGCAGUUGCACUCUUAAGUUAUUGAUUUCCUUUUUUAACAGUGCUUUGAGUUCUAUCAGGUAGGAAUAAUUUUAGCUGUCAGACAUUUAAAGAUUAUUCAAUAACCAGGGUGCAGGACAGGAGACAGCUUCUCUACCAAACUCUCAUCAGAUCCAGGGUACUGCUGUCUGACCAUCAAAAGUUGUAUUUUCAAUGAAAACUCACAAAAAAGGUAUUAAUUUCACACUAUGUUACCGAUACUAAAACAAAUAUCUGUUUUUAUUGAUCUCACCUCUUCAAAGAAAAAAAUAUAAGUGGGACAAAUACAGCCAUAGCAACAUGGAUCAGUCAUUAAAGAAAAAAACAUGUUGGACAAGUACUGAAUGAACACCACACAGCUGAGUGAAACACGUCUUUCCACAGACAUCUUGUUCUCUCUGUUUUUUAUUAUUUGUCUCUCUUAUGUCCAUUGUGGUCAGGCUUUGUUGUCUUUGUUGGAGUUUGGGAAAAAUGUAAAUUUAGCUCUCACUUUGGGUGUGUUGAAUUUAUCUACCUCCGCCAAGGAGGUUAUGUUUUCGGUAGUGUUGGUUUGUUUGUUUGUCUGUUAGCAACUUUACGGAGAAACUAACAGACGGAUUGACCUGAAAUUUUCACCAGAGGUACAUCUCAGCCCCAGGAGGAUCCCAUUACCUUUUGGUGGUGAUCCAGUCAAAAUUCUGGAUACUGUGAUCCAGAACACACAAGAAUAAGGGUGCCGUUGGAAUUUUCAAUGCUGAGAGAUAACCAAUGGGCGGCACAGUGGUGUAGAUAGGCGGCACAGUGGUGUAGUGGUUAGCACUGUCGCCUCACAUCAGAAGGUCCUGGGUUCAAAUCCUGGUCAGGGUAUUUCUUGUUUAAGGGGGGACAUGAGCUGCUUGGCGGAGGUCUGCGCUCUCCGAGUGCUUUUCUAGUUUGUUUGUUUGUCUGUUAGCAACUUUACGGAGAAAGUAACAGACGGAUUGACCUGAAAUUUUCAGCAGAGGUGCGUCUCAGCCCCAGGAGAAUCCCAUUAAAUUUUGGUGGUGAUUCGGAUCGCCUUCUGGAUCCAGGAAUUUUAUGAAGGAAUCUUUUUGGAAUUUUUGCAUUUAACUCUAUAAAAAUGGCCAGAGUCUUUCGUAAAAAUUACACAAAAUGAUCUCAAUGAGUUUUAUGAGGAGUCAAAGGUUGAUCCUGAUCCAGACAAAAUUCUGGAUACUGUGAUACAGAACAUACAAAAAAUAAGGGUGACGUUGGAAUUUUCAAUGCUGAAAGAUAACCAAUGGGCGGCACAGUGGUGUAGUGGUUAGCACUGUUGCCUCACAGUAAAAAGGUCCUGGGUUCUUGUUUUAGGAACAUUAUGAACAGUGAACAUACCAGUUUAAACACAAAUAAAAGUUAAUAAAACACAUGUAACAGUAAAAGUUUUGGUGUGAAUCACAAUAUAAGGGGGGACAUGAGCUGCUUGGCGGAGGUCUGUGCUCUCCGAGUGCUUUUCUAGUUCUUCCUGUAAAGUUUAUAUUGUAUGAAUUCAAACCAUUGUUUCACGGAACGUUAAAUUAUUAAAACAUUUUCUUUUGUGUUUGAGACUUUUUCAAUUCAGUUUGCUUAAUUACUCUUGGAUGUAAUUCUUGUGUAUUUAUGUCUAAUAAUAAUAUCAUUAUUUGUUAGGCAGGAAAUCAGUGAAAAUUGCAAAAUAAAAUAUGGAUUUAGUCAGUCAUGUACAGUUAAAAAGGGUAGGAUUGUCUUAGAGUGGUGGUAAGCUGGUUCCUGUCCCUCUAAGCUUUUUUCAGUUGAAGCUUAAACAGGAUGAACUCUCUUUUUUUCAUUUCCCUGUAUCAGUCUCUACUCUGUCCAUCUUGCUCCUCAGAAAAACAAAAUAAAACACUGUUGGAAGAGAUAACAUAUAAGGUCAGUUUAUUGUUGAACUGUUAUAAGAUAAGAUGAAGAGCUUUUUAAAACACUGGACAAAGCUGCCCUCUUGAGUGGUCAUGAAGUUAAAUCUUCUCUCUGUCUCUACCUUUAUGUCUGAUCAAUAAUCAGCAGUGACCGCACUAACAGCUGUUGUUAUUCUCCUGUGUCUGUGCUGUUUUUCCAGAUGACACAGCAACAGUAAAAUAUUCAUUUUUCACAUCAGUGCAGCAACUGAAAUGAUUAUCUGUCAACGUAGAAAACAUUUCAGACAGUCACACAGAGACAAAACGAGCUGACCUCAGCAGAUUGACAUGCUUAGUGGAGUCAUGUUACAGUCAGGGUAACUGACUAGACAACUUCACUCUGUAUCAUUUAACUGUUGAAAAUGUGUUCAAUUUGAACAAGAGAAUAUUCUCUGACACUUCAGAUGAACAGCAGGCAAGUCUUGAUUAGGGCAUCCGUAUGUCAUUCUAUACCAUUGUCUCCAUCAUUCUAUAUUUUAUCCUGCCAGAUUAGCAAAUCAGAUGUUAUCUUUUGAGUUUGCUGCUUAGCUGUUUGAUAGAUUUAACAAACCCGGUGCUCUGAGUUUUGUGAAGAAAAUCCAGAGCAUGAUACUAUAACCUUCAGGGAGUUAAAAGAAUCACUAUUCAACAAUCUAAUCCACCUGUAGGAGAAAUCCGAGGAGUAGAGGGCACGCCCUUUGACCUCAGAAAGCCUGUUAUGAUGGGCCCUCAGCUGAAAGAAGUUCCAGGUCCAGGGUUUGACCACAACUUUUGCCUGUCAUCACCCAGAGAUGCCUGGAUAGAGAGGCAUGCUGCCAGGUAGGUGGCAGCAGUGGUUUUUGCACCUAUGCUACAGCUGUCAUAUUAAUGAGCUGCAGUUUUGACCCGUAAACUUGUCCUUUCAUCUCAGAGUGUGUCACCCAGUCAGUGGGCGUGUCCUGGAGGUUUCUACCAACCAACCAGGAGUCCAGUUUUACACUGCAAACUAUCUGGAUGGUUCUAUGAUAGGCAAGGGCGGGUCACGCUACGGGAAGCACAGCUCUUUUUGUCUGGAGGCACAGAACUGGCCAGAUGCUAUCAACCAGGUAUGGUGGGAAUUAGAAGAGGUCUUAUCAUACAAAGCUCUGUGUGUGUGUGUGUGUGUGUGUGUGUGUGUGUGUGUGUGUGUGUGUGUGUGUGUAGGUCUGCAAGAGAGAAGCAAUCACUGCAAACAAAAUUAGCCAUCAUACCAGAGACUGGGAUUAUAUUUGAUCUUUUUGAUUCAGUGUAGAGCUGAGAAAAGGGGUACAAAGAAUUCAGAUAUUUUUAUGAAUGAAAUAAUCUUUUGGUUUGCAGAAGAAGAAAAACGUACAUUAGUUUGAUAAAUUUCCUGUUUUCAUUGCUCACAUCUCCAUAGAAGGUUCAAGGUUUAGAAACCAUGACUCAGUCUUUAAUAGCUGUCUCUAAAAUAAAUCAGAAACAGUAUUUGUUAGGUGGAGUCUCUUCUAAAGAACAUGGAUCACCCACUUCACAACACCUUGAUGGACCAAAGGGCCAAUGGUGGUGGACGACUCCUCUCUCUUCGCUGCAGGACAGAAAGAUUCAGAAGAUCUUUUGUACCAACAGCCACUAGACUGUAUAACUUGUGUAAAUAGUAGAUAACUUUUGAGACAUAUUAUGUGAGACAACAGACAAUUGAAUUUCCCUUCGGGGAUUAAUAAAGUUAUUCUUAUUCUUAUUAUUUAAAAGUUGUAAAAAUACCUCUGUAUUUACUCAGUCUGUUUUUGUCCAUCAUUUGAUUAUUAAUCUCCCUGUGUUAAGACUUCGUUCCCUGAUUGUCUCCUGCGUCCUGGUGAGGCCUACCAGCACAUCACUCGUUACACCUUCACUACCGCCUGAUCCUGAUUCCAGCAGCGGUGGGGCAGUGAGGACAUGUUGGUGUCUUUUAAUAACUGGGAAAUGAAGUGCAUUUUUAAAUUUUUGUGAUCUCUGUAUGUUAUACUGUAAUGUAAGAGUCACUGCCUUUUCAAGUCUGUUGUUAACCUGAGUAAUAUGAUAAAAGAAGAUAGGAACCUUUCCACAGCUACAAUAGGCUGUGCAGGCUGAAUCACUACAGUCUGUUCAUGUUGGGUAUGAGGUGGGGAUGAGAUCUUCAGAAUGUGAACAAAAGCAUGCUCUGAAGUGCAUCUUACACAUAGUCAGCUUCUAAAAAAACUUCAAAUAAAACAGUUUAGAGUUUAUCUUUGAACUUGAGUGUUGAUAUCUAUUCUAGUAAGUGUUUUGGCAUCAGAUGGGUCCAUCUGUCCUUAUGAUGUAAUAAUAGACUCUGAGUCUGAGCUGUCGCUCUGUUCACACUAUUCCUUUUAUAAAACAUUAUUUACAAGCUGUCCAACAUCUUUAUAUAGACUGAGCUAUUCCUAAAGCACUAGGUGAGGAAGCAGGUUUGGGUGAGAGGGCAUCCUACUACUCUGCCAAGAGACAUGUUGUGUUGCCAUGGCAACCUCUUAUCUGCGCUCAGAGAAGCUCUAAAAUCUGUGAUCACGAUAGAAGUUGUGGCAAAGAGCUGGAGAAAAGAGCAAAAACCAGAGCUCUGGAAAACACAGGUAGUGUUGUUUCAAUGUUCCUUUAGAGAGCAAUGACACAAGGAAGCUGGAUAUCAUGCAAGGAGACUCAUAGGCUCUGACUUACACAGUUAAAACUGGCAUAGACAGGCAAUAGCAUGUUCAACACCAUUUCUCUCACAUAGCCCUCAUUUACUUUGGUUUUUUAUUUCAAACAUUAAGGGUUCCCUUUGAUUUCUUAAAGCUAUGCAAAAUACAGCCUCAAUUUGAUAAAUAUUUGAGUUCUGUGUGAAGUCACUUGAAUAUACUAUUUGAUUGGAAAGAGGGCAGAGACAACAAAUCAAAUGUUGAGAUUGAAUGUUUUUAUUGGUUAAUUAAUGAAGCCUCCUCAUGGAAAUUUUGUGAAAGAGAAAGUUCUUACAGGGUCAUGUUGACCAUUGUGGUGCAUCAGUUCUUUUUCGACUGACACAAUAAAACCCUUAGGAUCAAUGUAGACCAGUUUCUAGAGUUUGGAAAGGGAACAGUCCAUUCUUGCCUUCUGCGGGAUUUCAGCUUGUCAACAGUUCAGGGCCUUCUUUGUUGUAUUUUUGUGCCAUUAUGAUUUCAAACCAGGACUGCAGGCAGGCCCGUUAAACAUCUCAGUCUCCUCUAUUCCAGACCCAUGCUGUCUUAAUACGUGUUAAGUGUUUGGCAUCAUCUUGCUGUAUCAUGUAGAAAGGACGUACCUGAAUCAGCACUGACAUGAUGGCAGAAUAACUGAAAACCUGUGUAUGGUUUACAGGAUCUAGCAUGAUGAUGAUGAUGAUGAUGAUGAUGAUGAUGAUUGAUUGAUUGAUUGAUUGAUUGAUUGAUUGUUUGAUUAAUUAAUAAAAAGAGAGUCAACAUGUGGAUUUGUCUGACCACAGAAAAGUGGGCUUGGAGAAGAAGUAACUGGCAUGUCUGGAUCAUGUUUGUGUUUCCUUUUUUGGUACACUUUUGAUGCAUUUAAAAUCAGCACCCACUGUGUUCACCAACUGAGGUUUUUGGAUGUGAUUUUGAGCCAACACAGUGAUUUCCACUCCAGAGUCCUGACUGUUUGUAAUGCAGUGCUGCCAGAGGGCCUGAGUAUCAGGAACCUUUAGCAUCAUUUAUUGGCUUUGUCCCUUUUUGUACAGAUUUUUCUAGAUUCUCUGAAUUUUUAAAUGCCACUUCAUGUUUCUUCUAUCCUUGUUUUCAUGUGGGGCUGUGAAGGAGAGACAAAUUUAACUUUAUAGUUUUUCAAAAGCUGCCUCAGAAAGAGUUGAAUCGAUGUACUUAAACUGCAGCUAAAAAUUGUGGACCAGUCUUCAGGGCCACCAAAAGCACACUGUCUGCAGAGUCAGCACAAGUUUGUUUACUGUACCUCUUGUUUCCUGCACAGUUGUGUAACAUUUGCUAUCUGUGUUUGAUAUUCCUACAAAGACAUUUGACUCUUUUUCUUUUUCUUUGGAUGAAUCAAAUUAUUUGACUGACUGUAAUUUCAGUUUGAGUUAAAGCUAAAUGCCAGGUUGAAAGGAUUAAAUCUAAAUUUAGCACAUUGCCAAUGGUUGGAUAAUCAAUGAACAGUACACCCGUGAUUUUCUGUAUAAUAUUGAAGGGUAGAUGGAACCAUUUCAUUGGUUGAGCUGCUAUUAAAAGUAUGGCUCUUGAGCCAUGGACAGAUCAGACAUUAAAGACCCCCCCCCCAUCUCUUGUGCAUGUCAGUAAUGACUAUGUAAUACACCAGCUAUUCCUGCCAUUUGCCCUUUCUUGUCAUUCAGUAAAUGAAUCAUACAUUAUCAAAGAUUUCAAGGUCUGCUCAUGUUUAAGAGUAACUAUUGACUUUCAUAUGAUCAUCUCUAUAACUGACAGGAGUGUGUGGAUGGUUCCAGCUGACUGUUCAAAGAGGAACGUGCUCCUCAGAGAAGGAUGUAAAAAGAGGUGCAGGCAGAGAGCUUGCUGCAGGAACAGAAAGUGAUAAGGUGGUGAGUGGGAGGGAGGACCUGGCUCUCAGCUUCACUCUCUAUCUGUAACUGUAAGAGAAUUGAGCUGUGUGUGAAUCGUGGAAAGCUGCUCUGGCAACAAAUGCAAUGGAAGUGAGAUUGUAGUACAGUACAAAAAAUGUUAUGUAAAUGAAACUUAGCAUUUGUGAUAAACCAAGAACGGCCAAACCAGACUGACAAAUACUAAAUUCCAAGUUCUAGCCCCAA